AUAAAUGAGCCAGCCAUCCUCGUUCCUUCCUCCCUCGUUCAAAGAAGAUAGCCAUAGCUUGAGCCCGGAAGGAGAGAGAGAGAGAGAGAGAGAGAGAGUAAAGGGAUACAACACUCAACACCAUCCAUCCAUCCAUCCAUCCAUCCAUGGUGAAGAGCAGCAGCAGGGUCCCUGACACUCCAAAUGGCUCCAUCGGAGUCUAUAAUGACCCCAACCACAAUAGCAUCCCACCAAAGCUAGGCAGUAAUGGGAAGAAGCAGUACAAGGGUGUGAGAAUGAGGAGUUGGGGCUCUUGGGUCUCCGAGAUCAGAGCACCAAACCAGAAGACCAGGAUAUGGCUGGGCUCCUACUCAACACCGGAGGCCGCAGCCCGGGCCUACGACGCAGCCCUCCUUUGCCUCAAGGGCUCCUCCGCCAACCUCAAUUUCCCCACCUCCAAACCCCUCCACCUCCCCACCACCCUCAUGUCCCCGAAGUCCAUCCAAAGAGCGGCCGCCGCCGCCGCCAAUGACACCACCGCUUUCGCACACCCUGAGACCCUCCCACCACCCUCCCUCCCCUCGUCAUUGCCAUCGCCGUCACCUUCCUCUGAUGUCGCCAAUGACGACACGUUGGUGAUGAGCUCGCAAAGCAGCAUGUCGAGCCUAGUAGAAGAAGGGUGGCCCACUGCAUAUGAUCCAACUGAUUUCUCGAUCGACUUUGAGGCCGCCUUCCAAUCGCCAAAGUGCAUGGACUAUAUGCUCAAUCCAUGCGCCUUCUUUGCUCCUUCUCAAGCGGAGGAGUGGGACGAGGAAGGCGACAUUAACCUUUGGAGCUUCUGCUAAUCUUGUUCCAUGAUCUUCUUCUCCUUUAAGGUGAAACUAGGAGGGGAAGCUACUGACUGUAAGCGACCGCAUUGGUCAUAAUUUAUUCGAUUUCUUUCUAAGCAAGGAGAAACCCCCACGGAGCUACAUGUUUUAAGGCGGUUCCGUGGGAUUUCUGUAUCCAAAUAUACGUAAAUUUCUAGCUCUAUGUAUCAACCGUGUGCAAGUAUAUGGGAAUGAGAAGUUUGUCCCUUUU